AUGCAAAGUGACGAGUUCGAACAAAAUGUCUAUCCAUUGGUUUACAAACAUCUCAGCAAGUUGCAUGAAAUCUUGCAUAGUGAGGAGGUGCCCUGGUGGCGAAAGGCUACGCAUGCAGUCGUGUUUUUUUACAAAUUUACCACAGACUGGUUUUCUUUGGCUGAUGUCUAUUUCGACCGGUUAACAUUUCGCAGUACUCUUCGACGGCUUCGUUCAGGGCUCAAGAUAACCCUUGCUCAUCUCCUGGCUGGUGUUUUAGAUGCGUCCGUAUGUUCCCGGAAACUUUCGGAGUUAGUAAUUUUAUACAGCCUGUUGGUUUCCUUUGCCCUCUUUGCAGUAUAUGUGUACACAUUUCGAUUGAGAAAACCUUCCCAGUGUAACAAUUUGGCAGUGAUAGCAUUGGUUGUCAAUGUCAUCGUUUGCGUCCUACUAUUUGCUAACGGAACCAUCUUGCCGGAUGAUGCUUUUUUGAUCGGAAGCAUGCAGUUAAUUUCCAUCUCCUUGAUUCUACCUCUACCGGUGGAUAUUAAUCUUGUCGUUCUAAUUUUGUACGCGUCUUUCUUUGCUAUUUUCCGAUCAAUGCCCACAAGUAUCGUGGAGGGCCAGACACAACUAAUUUUGGAAACUGGUUUGGAUCAAUCAGGCCAAACGGAUUGGCUUACGAUCACCUUGUGGUUCACAGUAAUAUUGGACGGAUUGUACCUCACUUUGUGGCGCACAGCAAGACACCGGUUGAUACUGCUCUAUCUAGCUGAGCGAGUUCACUACUCUCUGUGGAUAAAGCGACAAAUCAUAACUCGGCAUGGUAUCUGGAAGCACAUGGUGCCCCGUAGUCUGCUAAGCCUAACCGCACCCACAGGUAGCAGCCUUGCUCCCGUCACUGACGGUGAUGAGCCCGUUGCCAUAACCCCAGCGUCAGUUGGACCAGUUCGAGCAAGGAGAUGUGACCAUGCCAGCGUCUGGUUCGGGCAGCUGAUAGGUUUGGAUUCCAUAUUGGGUGAACACAGUUUGGAAGAAAAAAGCAAACUACUCCACAGUGUAGUAUCAGUGUUGGAUCAAUGCUGCCUCCAAUCUGGAUGUGAGAAGGUGUGCACCUUGGGAAGCUGCUACGUCUCCGUCGCUGGGUGCCCACAUGAGGUUCCGGAUCACGCGGUACGCUGUGUUAAUUUCGGUCUCAUGGCCUGUCAUGGGAUCAAAUAUCUGGGACACGAGUGGCGGAGGCCAAUACGUUUACGUGUCGCGGUUCAUACCACGACAGUCAUUUAUACACUUCAGCGAAAACACACACCUUUGUUUGAGAUUUACACACAUGAACUAAAUUUUAUGAAAGAGAUUUUAGAAAACUGCAUGGAUGGCAGAAUUUGUGUGUCCGGUGAGACGUACAGUCUGAUAAGCGAGAGAUUCCGUUUUGCUAGAGGCCCAACAAUCGGGAUGUCAAGAUUCGGGCGUUUGGAUCGAGAUGAGCGUGCGACAUAUGUCGUCGAUCCACGCUCUGGGGAUGCCAUACCGUGGGUUUCCACAAAAGCCGAAUUUCAAGAGAUGUGUCGCAAACAGGUCCAUCAUUUAGAUACAAAAAUAACACGAAUUAUUGCCACAUGUGCGACUGGAGUCUCGACAUGUGCGAAAGAUUUGGUGGGACACUAUCGAUUGCUACAUCCUACGCUAUUUCGUCAUAGCCCGCAACAAGUUGAAACAGACGAGUGGAUGCGGAGACAUAAUGGACUGAAGUUUUCGUUGCAAUAUUUCGUUGGGAACUUUCAGCAUGCACCAGAGGAACUAGGUGACACAUUUGGUCAGUUGCCUAUCAACUACUGGACGAUGAAAUUCACGGAUGCAACUGUUGAACAUCAGUACAGACAUCAAGCAAAAGGAGAAUUCGCUUCCGAAUUGAUGACGGAAUCACAAAUCAUAGCUCUAGGAACAGAUGUACUCUGCGUCUUAUUGCACAACAUCCUCGUCAUUGUAACAACCUACAGCAUAGUGUACUUCCGGCUGCCCAAUGGUGUUGGUUUCGCGGUGUUUUGUGCUUCCGAGACGAGUGUAUACUUGGGUGUGAGUGCCGUAUUUGUCUGGAUAAUGACAAACCCACUUCCGGAGAAUGAAGAGCACGGGAACAGGUGGGUCAGGUUAGCGCACAGAUUGUGCACAAACAGCCUGUUCUGUGAGUUUGUCUUCGCCUUCUUUUGUCUGAUGCCGACUCUACACCUAAUCAUAGUGGUCUUCGGUUUCGUGCCGUAUCCCACAAACUCCGAAAUUUCGCGGAAUCUGCUAGACACACUGAGCAUAGUGGUGUGUAUAACCCAUGUGCUUGGUACGGGGUCACGUUAUGUUGCACGUCUGUUGGCAACUUUUGUCUCUGUCCUCAUUGUCACAUGCUUACAAUACGUGACACACACAGUGGAGUGUCAGUGCACAGACCCGACGUGUGGACAAACUGAGCACUACGGCCUGUUUCUCGUACAAAUGGGGAUCGUUAUUGUGGUAAUCUGGAUUACUGUACGUGAUCACGAUUACACCUAUCGUAUGGUAUUCUAUGAGCGAAUGAAAAAGCACACGAAAGAGGAAUUGACAAAUAAAGCAUGCAACAUCACCAAAACGUUUGCACACAAUAUCAUUCCAACGGAGAUGUGGAAUCAAAUUGUGACAGAGUUAUGUAUGGGGAAAACUCAGAUAGAGCUGUCUCAGUGUUGGAAAGAGACAUCUCAAGUUGCUGUGGCGUGUGUUCACGUGAGCAGUUUCUACCAUUCGGAUGUCAGUGACGACGAUGUGCUUGUUAGCCAAGUUGAGUUGAUGCAAAAAUUGUUUGCCACGUUUUACCAAUUGCUCUCUUCCGAUACGUUCGAGCAAGUAUAUGCGCUAAAAUGUUUUGGAAAUUAUUGCCAAUUUGUGUCCGGACUGUGGUCAGACACCUUCACCGAAUCGCAUCCGGUGUCCCUAAUGGAGUUUUGCUUUGUGUUAAUCCGUCAGACUGAAAGAUUCAAUGAGGAGUGUUUCCCAUACCAGAAAGCCGGUUUCGAAAUUACCAUAGGAUACCAUAUUGGAACAGUUACUGGUGGGCUUGCUGGGAAGUCACGCCUGGCGUACGAACUCUGGGGUGAGCCGGUUGAUGUAGCAUACAGUCUGAUGUGGAAACCAUUGGCAAAUCAGAUUUUUGUAUCGGAGAAAGUUCGUGAGAUCUUCAAUCUGAAAUACCAAUUCAAGCAACAGGAAAAUUGGACAGUUUCCUCAGAAAGUAAUUCACCUGUGUAUGUAUGUAUGAGAAAGGAGGCACUUUAA